UCCGACUGUCAGAAACAUGGCGUUACGGGAGCUAUCAUCGCUGGAGAAAUUUUUAGGAUUGAAAAAGGCGAACAAGUACAGCACACAGGGGGACAAAAAGGUACCUGUGCUACAGAAUAAUAAUGGUCCUCCACUGGUGGGGCUGGUGACCAUUGCCUGUCACCUGGUACAAGAGGCCAAGCGCCCAGAGCUGCUGGGUGACUCUGCAGAGAGCAGGGCUGUGGUGCAGCAGUGGCUGGAGCACAGAGUCACCAAGCUGGACGGCUGCACAAAGGAAGACAUCAAGACCAUCCUGAAGGACCUCAACCUCUACCUACAAGACAAGGUCUACUUGGCCGGUAACCAGUUCACCAUAGCUGAUGCUUUCACAUACUUUGGAGUCCAUCCACUUAUAGUGGACUUGGCCAUCCAGGAGAAGGAGCAGUAUGUGAAUGUGACGCGAUGGUUCGACCACAUUCAGCACUACCCCGGCAUCCGACACCACCUCCCUCCUGUAGCUGUGCUCAGGAACAGAAUUUACACCGGCAGACACCACUGAGACCUGACCCCACCCAUCCCUGCCUCACUCCUCACAAGCUCGUCUGUCUUUCGAACCAGACCUGGGCAAAUUAUUUCCUAGAGUAUCCAAGAGUACAUCAUCAUCAUCAUCAUCAUCAUCACAAUUUGAGUCCACAUAGUCACUUCUAUCCAAGACCUCCCUUUUUCCUGGUUUUAGAAUCAUGAUUCCUGCCUUUAUGUUUUGUCCUGGUCACAUACCUGAACUCUAUGUGUUUACAACAACAAAGUGUUUAACCAGGAAAAUCAGUAAAGAACAAAAAAAAAUCCUAAAACUGUUUUAGUGUAUGAGGUGCUGAAACUCCAUGAAAGGGUUGCUUGCUAAUACAAAUCUAGUUCAAUUCAUAUUCCUUAAAGAAAUAUCAUUGUUUUUAAUAACUAUAUUGCCCAGCACCACUGGCUUUUGACUUCAUGAAGGGUUGGGAGUGGAAGCAAGAAUCUCUGUUGUUCAGUCCUGCUAACACUAAGAAGUUUUAUGUCUUAACCCUUAUUCCGUAACUUGGGAGCACAGAUGAGACAUUUAUGUCGGUCUCUUAUGUUUUUUGGGACUUCUGGAGGUUUGCUUUUGUCUGGUUGUUUUCAAAGGGAAUGCAGUACGGGUUGCAAUGAAGUGAAGCGCUGCUAGCUUGUUUAAAAGGUGUUUCUAUUUAUAAAUGGUUGUUACGUGGUUAUUCUUUGUUUAAUCUGAGCCUUAAACAUGCAAUGACAAGUAUUAGAAGAUGUUAAGAUGUUACUUAACUGGCAGUACAUCGUGUCCUUAGGAGAAGCAGCUUCCUUCAUGCCAUAUCAAUGCAUUUUCAGCAAAAGUUUGUCCAAAUAAAUGCGUGGUGGAUCACAAUCAUAACCCCAUAAUGACCACAGUCACUGCUGAGUCCACAUUGUUUUGCCAUCUAUCUGCCCUGAUGAGUCUAGUCGGCCUCUCUCAGCUCACAUCUCUAUCAGAACUCUGGUGUUUAUGUUUUUCACAUGCAACUUUCAGCCAUUUUACUGGACACUUUAGUUUCUGUGUGUGUGUGUGUGUGUGCCCGCGCGUGUGUGUUUUCGAUCCUGAUUACAUCCGCGCGCUCUGUCCCACUUCCUCACCACCAGUCGUGUGGGCAGCAGUGAGCAGUUGAGCGUCAGCCCCAGAGUCAGAGAUCAGAGUGAGGCUCCAAUCAGUCCCACUACCACCACUGUUGAUGCUGCAGGCCAGAGAGAGGGCAACGGGCUCACCAGCUGCCACACAGAUCCAGCCAGCCAAGGCCAGAACCCAGGCCCCUGGGCGACAGUCAGCCACUGUGUGUCAUUUCAACCCUCACGCUCCCACGGGGCUGCUGGAGAGAGAGGGACGCAGCGAGGGAGGGGAGGGAGGCGGCGGAGAGAGAAAAAGAGCACCCAGAGGCCGAGGGAUCUUUUUGUGACAUGUGAACAAUGAUCCGUGUGUCUGAAAGCCUUACUGCUGCUGGCUGGAUGUUUGCUAUUAGCACCAUCAGGUCAGAACCUGCAAAUUAACAUUAUGAAGGUAAAGAGAAAUAGACAAAGAGCAGCAGGAAAAGGAGGUAGGAUUAGAGAAAUAUCUAUCUCAGCCCUUAUUGAUCAAAUUCCAAUUUUCAUUUAUUUUGCUGGGGUAUCAAACCAUUAUUUGCACGCAGCAUAAAAUAACACCUGUAUGACGCUGCUUUUGUGUUUGCAUCAAUGCUUCAGUUAUUCUUUACAUCUGCUUCUGUUAGAAUGUUUCCAUUUCAGCCACACAUUCAAUAUCCUCCAUCCUAGCAGGCUAUGCAUAUCUUCGUGUCUGUUUCUUAUAACUUCAGUUCUUUUGUCAUCAGAUGUAACCAUGAUGUUGCCUGUGCCAAUAAAUCAAAGGGAUUCACAGCUCAUGACCUCUGACUUCCCUGCAGAU